AUGGCGGAUAACGAAGCUAAGGAUCUCUCGCAAGCUGGAAACGAGCAUAUCCAGCUCAAAGACGGAUCGGAGGUCUACUUUAAGAUUAAGAAAAAGACAAAGCUGGAGAAACUCAUGACUACCUAUUGCAGCCGUCUAGGCAAGUCUCCAGACGCAGUUCGUUUCUUGUUCGAUGGUGAUCGUAUCAAGGGGGAUUCCACUCCGGAAGAGUUAGGCAUAGAGCACGGGGACAUCAUUGAUGCUAUGGUUCAGCAAACUGGAGGCUCGUGUUAA